CGCACCUCCGGCUCGAUGGCAUCAUCCCCCCCGCUCCGUCCCCUCACGCAACCACCCUCCGCCCGUCCAAUCCACCUCACAAUCCCGCCGCCGGCCGGCGCCAUGGCGGCCCCUUCCGCCUCAUUCCCCUCCACGGCCACGCUGCUGCUCGCCGGCAGCCGGCUCCCGCGGUUCCAGAUCAAGUCGCUCCGAGCCCCCACCAAGCCACCGUACCGCUCCGCCUCCGCCUCCCCCCACCGCCCGUGGCUCCGCGGCGUCGCCAGGCGCCCCCUGCUCGUCCCCAUGUCCUCUUCCCUGCCGCCCCUCCGGGUGACGGCCGCUCCUCCGCCUGAGGCGGAGGCCGAUGACGAAUCGGGCCGGCUGGCGGCCGCGAGGAGGGUCGCGAUGGCGCUGGUCUGCAGCGCGCUGGCGGCGGUGUGGUGCCAUCGGGCGCUUGCCGCGGGGGCCUCCGCGGCGGGAGCUGGCGCGGGGGCGUCCACGGCGGUGGAGGCCGCCGAUGUGGUCGGUUGGGUGGCGCUGCGGCUCCGAGGAAGCUGGCCGACGGUGCUGCAGGUUCUGCAGCUGCUCAGGGAGCAGGGCCUUGUCCUCGCCCUACUGCUCGGCCUCUCCGCCUUCUUCUCCAUGGCCGAGACCGCCAUCACCACGCUCUGGCCCUGGAAGGUUCGCGAGCUGGCCGAUAAGGAACCCGAGAACGGCGUUUUCAAAAUGCUCCGGAACGAUGUCACUCGCUUCCUCACAACCAUACUCAUCGGCACGACUGUGGUCAACAUUGGCGCCACAGCAAUUGUCACCGAGGCAGCCACGGCGAUGUUUGGCGAAGCAGGUGUCAGUGCAGCUACAGGCGUCAUGACUGUUGCCGUUCUGCUUCUUACAGAAAUCACGCCCAAAAGUGUUGCAGUCCACAAUGCCACAGAAGUUGCCAGGUUUGUGGUCAGGCCAAUCGCUUGGCUUUCAAUCAUCCUCUAUCCCGUUGGCCGGAUUGUUACAAUUAUAUCCAUGGGAAUUCUGAAGCUCCUAGGCCUGAAAGGAAGAAGCGAGCCAUAUGUGACUGAAGACGAACUGAAGCUAAUGCUCCGGGGAGCGGAGCUGAGUGGUGCAAUUGCAGAAGACGAGCAGGACAUGAUUGAGAAUGUACUCGAGAUUAAAGACACACAUGUCAGGGAGGUGAUGACACCGUUGGUAGAUGUGGUUGCAAUUGAUGCAGCCGCAACACUGAUUGAUUUCAAAAACCUAUGGGAAACCCACCAGUACUCUAGAGUUCCUGUAUUUGAGGAGCGCAUAGAUAAUAUCGUGGGAAUUGUAUAUGCAAUGGACAUGCUUGAAUAUGUGGAAGAGGCCGAGAAGUUGAAGGACAUCACAGUGAAGGAAAUUGCACAUAUGCCUAUAUACUUUGUCCCUGAUUCAAUGUCCGUUUGGAACCUGCUGAGAGAGUUCCGGAUCAGGCAGGUUCAUAUGGCAGUGGUCCUCAAUGAGUAUGGUGGAACGAUUGGUAUUGUGACAUUAGAAGAUGUGGUGGAAGAAAUAGUCGGUGAAAUCUUCGAUGAGAAUGAUUCAAAGGAGGAAAUCCAGAAGAAAACAGGCAACAUAGUAAUGCUGGAAGAUGGAACAUUUGUUGUUGAUGCAAAUACAUCGAUAGACGAUCUAUCUGAAGAGCUUGUUGUUAAAAUACCAGAUGGCCAUCAGUAUGAGACCGUGUCUGGUUUUGUUUGUGAAUCUUUUGGCUAUAUACCAGAAGAAGGUGGGAAAAUGCUUGUGAUACUCGAAAGGGAUAAAAGAGAGGAGAACGAUGAAUAUCAGGACGAAGGAUCUGAUAACCAAGAUGGCCGAGAAACGACUCAAGCUUAUGAACUUGAGAUACUUGAAGCUAAUGCAAGAAAGGUUAGCAAAGUACGUUUCAAGCCCAUAAGCAGUGAAUGUGUAGACGUUGACAACAAGGGUGUGAACCGGCUGAUGUCAAAAAAGAUUAUCAAGCGGAAGAAGAAGAACUCUGGUAAUUCUUCCGACAGCGAUGAUGACGACGAGUGUCCUGAUAUAACAGAAAAUGGUUGCCCUGUGGAGCCGGUUUCAUACUCAGAUGAUAGUGCGGAGCUAGAAGAUGCUGGCAGUUCUGUGGGGACAAGGUAACAAAGUAAGCAAUUAGCACCAUUGUGCUACUGCCAAUAACCAACCUCCUGCCCCUUGUUGCAUCAUACAACCGAAGAAGAGAAAAGAGGAGAAACAUAGUAGGCGACGUAAAACAGCGGCAGUAAGCAUUGACUGCUCUCGUGUUGAGUUGGGUGGAGUUUUUGUUUGUCUCGCUACUUUGGUCUGCUUGAUGUGUGCGUGUGUGAGGCUUUAGUGGUGGUAGUGGAGAAGAGCAUUGUGCGUACUUGUAAGCAGCAAGUUUGGUCGUGGUGCAGCUCUUAAACAAAAAAGUCAAUUCCUGGAUCCGCCAUCGUAUAUGGGGGCCGUCCAUGAGGAGACCAAUAAUCUAGUUUCCAUGAA